CACCGACACAAGCCGAACCCUCGCCAGCCGGGGACAAUUGCUGUCAGCUAACUUCCACGGUCUGUCGCCCGGACUGCCGCUUUAUGUAUCACUCUACUUCAGCGGUUUGACUUCCAGCCCUUCCCUCUCCAGCCGGGCCCCGAUGCUGAGGAAUGGAUAGUGUGUCUGCUAACGGUGGGAAGAUGGUCGAGAGUGAUGAGCAGCAGCCGGAGAGGCAGAGCGGCGGUGGCGCAGCGAUGGCCGCGCUCCAUCAGUGCGAGCUCAUCCAGAAUAUGAUCGAUAUCUCCAUCUCCAGCUUACAGGGGCUACGGACCAAAUGCGCCGCGUCCAACGACCUCACGCAACAAGAAAUCCGCACUUUAGAGGUAAAGCUGAUGAAAUACAUCUGUAAGCAGCUGCAGUGUAAAAAUAAACUUCCAGAGACGGAGAGGCCCGAAGCCUUGGACAGCUACCCACACUUACGAGACUGGCUGCGCACCGUCAACCUGAGAGCAGAGCUCAUCCAGGCUGUGGAGGCAAAGUUGUCCCUGGACGCCUUACUGCAGAUGACCGGAGCUCAAGUGAGAGAUGCAAUGAGAAGACUUGGGUCCAGUUCAGAAGAAUGUGCACGACUUGGUGCUGCCCUCUCCUGUUUGAAGAGUGCCACUGAAUCAGGUGGUGAAAUGAAAGAGGACGGCGUUUCCUGGUUGUCUGAAUCCACCAGGAGGGACAGCGGAUCUCUACUAACCGCAGACCAGCUGCCCUACCUGGGAACUCCCCUUCGCCCACACAGUCCGUCGCCUCUAGCCCGCCCCUCCACCAUCCAGUCCACCCCAUCCACCCCCUCUGCGACCUUCCCUCAUCCCCGCUCUGGUUCAGUUUCAGCAGCACCUUCACCGGAUGGGCUGGGGUCAUACGGCCACGGUGACAGCCCCCUUACAGAUUUAUUCCCCAUGCCUCGGCCACGCACAUCCCGGCUCCACGGACACACUUCCACCCCGCCCGUAACCCCGCCCACAAAAAGGCCCCACAAACUGAAGCCUCCUUGCACUCCUCCUCCUCCGUCUCGUAAGGUGCUGCAUCUGCUCCCCAACAUUACUUUGACACGCAGCAAAAGCCACGAGUCCCAGCUGGGCAAUCGUAUCGAGGAUCCUCCCAACAACAAGUGUUUAAAAAAGAACAAAUUGUUGCUGAAUAUGCAAAUGAACGGGAACGGAUGUGAGGACUCGCCCUCUCGAUACCCGGUCAAGUCUGCGCGGACCCCUGGAGGGACCCCGGUUCCCAACACUGCACCUUACACCCUGCCAGGGACGCCCACCUUGAUUGAGGAGCACAGCAUAAUUAAGACAUUGCACCGCAGCUCCCCGAAAGCAGUGAGGAGGGACAUCGGCCUAUCAGUCACGCACAGGUUUUCAACCAAGUCCUGGUUGUCUCAGACAUGUCAAGUGUGCCAGAAGAACAUGAUGUUCGGAGUUAAAUGCAAACACUGUCGAUUAAAGUGCCACAACAAAUGCACGAAAGAGGCUCCAUCCUGCAGAAUCUCCUUUCUACCAAUUGCCAAAAUCAGGAGGACCGAGUCAGUUCCUUCUGAUAUAAACAACCCUGUGGACCGGCCACAAGAAGCUCCACAGUUUGGUACUUUACCAAAGGCCAUUACUAAAAAGGAUCAUCCUCCUGUGAUGAACCAGCUUGACUCCAGCAGCAACCCAUCCUCCACCACUUCCUCCACACCGUCCUCCCCUGCCCCCUUCCAGCAGAGCAAUCCUCCAAGUGCCACCCCACCUCCGAACCCUUCGCCCAAAGGACACAGGGACAGCCGCUUUAACUUUCCAGAUGUCUGCAGUCCUUCAAGCAUAUACUCUGAUGUCCUCCAAGAUACAGUGAGUGAGGUAGAGCAGUCUGCAGAUGACACGCACACUGAGCUGGUAGAGGAUGAAGAUGAAGAGGAGGGGGACGAGGACAUUGAAGCUGAAGAUGAAGAUCCUGAAGAGGAUGAAGAGAACGAAGAAGAUGACGGGCAUGAGCACGGAGAGGAAUAUGAGGAGGACAGGGAGGACAUGAGGAUGAACAUCGGAUCGGACGGCGAGUGCGACCAGCUGGAUGAUCUGCCAUGUUCUCGUGGAAGCCAGUGGAAGGGCCCCAUCUCCCGCAAGCCCAGUCAGACGAGCGUGUACCUGCAGGAGUGGGACAUUCCCUUUGAGCAGCUGGACCUCGGAGAGCUCAUCGGAAAGGGUCGCUGGGGCAGAGUGCACAAGGGUCGGUGGCACGGCGAGGUGGCCAUCAGACUACUGGAGAUCGAUGGAAACAACCAGGACCACCUGAAGCUUUUCAAGAAGGAGGUGAUGAACUACAGACAGACCAGACAUGAGAAUGUGGUCCUGUUCAUGGGGGCCUGCAUGGCUCCACCACACUUAGCCAUCAUCACCAGUUUCUGUAAAGGAAGGACUCUGUAUUCUGUUGUUCGGGACACUAAAAACAACUUGGAUAUCAAUAAAACAAGGCAAAUCGCUCAGGAGAUUGUUAAGGGAAUGGGUUACCUUCACGCCAAAGGCAUCGUUCACAAAGACCUGAAGUCCAAGAACGUUUUCCACGACACCAACAAAGUAGUGAUCACGGAUUUCGGCCUGUUUGGGAUUUCUGGUGUCGUUCAGGAAGGGAGGCGGGAGAAUAAACUCAGACUUCCACACGGUUGGAUCUGUUACCUCGCACCAGAGAUUGUGCGUAAAAUGAGCCCAGGUAACAACGAGGACCGACUUCCCUUUUCCACAGCAGCAGAUGUUUACGCCUUUGGAACAAUUUGGUAUGAGCUCCAAGCCAGGGACUGGCCGAUCACUAACCAGCACAUUGAAGCCAUCAUCUGGCAGGUUGGGAGUGGAGAGGGCAUAAAGAAGGUUUUAGGGGAGAUCAGCCUGGGCAAGGAGGUCACUGAGAUCCUCUCUGCCUGCUGGGCAUUUGACCCAAGAGACAGACCCACCUUCACUCAGCUGGCUGACAUGUUGGAGAAGCUGCCCAAACUCAACCGCAGGCUGUCCCACCCGGGACACUUCUGGAAGUCUGCCGAGUUGUAGCCGUCACUCUGAAACAUAAGCAAUGCAAAACAAAGCCUGGGUCUGCCUUGCAUGCUCCUGAAUCCUUUACUGUUACGGGAUUGAUCAAAGCAUUGCCUCUGCCUGAAACGGGCGCUCCAUCCACUAAUCCCCAGUCCAAUCUUCCGUGUCUAACCGUCGGUGUUUUUUUUUCUUGUUCGGAGGAGAAGAUGGAGGGACUGAAAUAUGAAAGACAGGGGCGGGGUGGGGCAGCCGGCAUCAUCCUCUUUGCUUUCCCUUUUGACGCGUCUUUAGACUCUCUUUGCCUUCGUUUUGGUUGGAUUCCCAAACAUCAGUUGGGCUUGUGAAUAACCGGCCUGGUGGUGUCUGUGCCGAGCCCGACUGACUUGACUGCGCUGUGGUCUGUGCCUGCUGAUGGCUGCUCACCUCUCUCUGCUGCUAUCAUGUUUUUUUUUUUUUCUCUUGCUGGUGUGCUGACCACAUGGCACUAUUUUAUUUUUUUUUCCUCCCUGAA